AUGGUCAAGAUCACUAUUCUUGGAGCUGGUGUGACCGGCAUGAUGGCCGCGGCCACUCUUCCCCGAGACUACAAUGUCACCAUCGUAGCCGAAUACCUUCCUGGAGACUAUCAUACCAAGGAAUGGGCCAGCCCUUAUGCCGGUGCUAUCUGGGUCGGUGUCCACCAAUCAUCACCCCGCGAGCAAGCAAUGCAACUUGAGGGCCUCAUGGGACUCCUCAGGCUAGCUGAGACGAAUCCCGAGUCGACCGUACGCAGAAUCGAAAUGACUGAGAUCAUGGAUCGCGGCAGUAAAGAAGAUGUCUGGUAUGCCGGAAAAGCCCCCAACUUCCGAUUCAUGUCAAAAGAUGAGUUGCCUGAAGGUGCUCUCUACGGCAUGAAGUAUACUACCGUGGUUAUCACACCGCAAAAGUUCCUUGUCUGGCUCUACGAGAGGCUUCAGGCCCGUGGCGUCAAGUUCAAGCGGGCUCGUGUAUAUUCCCUGGCAGACCUCAAGGGAAUGGGCCAUGAUAUUCUCAUCAAUGCCUCUGGAAUUGGAUCUGAGAAUCUCAAGGAUGUCAUGGAAAAGAACUUGACCCCUUGGAGGCUGCAGUGUGUCGUUGCCAAAGCUCCCGUCACGUACGACCGAUUGUUUAUUCGCCGAGGAAACAGAGGGUACUACUCAACCGCAUUCUCACGAAAAGACGGUACUGCCUACGUUGGAGGUGUUUUGACCCAGGAUAGCCGUGACCUUACCGUGUCCGAGGAGCAACGCACCAAUAUCUGCAAAAAUGCCCACCUUAACCAGCCCGAUGUGUUUCCAUCCCCUGAUCCCAAGGACUGGCCCAUUCUCUACGAUCACGUAGGUAUCUAUGCCACCAUGGACCCGCGCAGCUGUGGCGUGAGGUGCGAGCGGGAGGUCUUGGAUGGACAGAGAGUUGUUCAUGCCUAUGGUCAGAAUGCAGGAGGAUACGUCUAUAGCUUUGGUCUCGCUCGUGAGGUGGUGAAGCUCACCCAAGACCACUUAUACGAACUCCCAGCGACGGGCAAGCGUCUCAGGAAAUCUGUAUAG